AUGAAGUUCUCGCACAGCAUCCAGUUCAAUGCGGUGCCCGACUGGAGCGCCUAUUACCUCGCUUACAGCAACCUCAAGAAAUUAAUAUAUUCCCUAGAACAGGAAGCGCACCGCUCGGCUGGUCAGAGCCACCCCGAUGUCGAGUCUGCGCCGCUGCUGGAUAGCACACCAAACCCUGAUGCGAUCUUCCGUCGAGCUCUGGAUGCAGAGUUAGAGAAGAUCUGCUCGUUCUAUCAAGUCAAGGAGGUGGAAGUGUUUAAGGAGGUGGAAGAUGUAGCCAGACUUGCGGAGGAAUAUGCUUCCAGGGCCGACACGGCAAAUAUCGACCCGAUGAGCGAGAAUAUUAUCAAGGCGAGGACGAUGAGUUCUGGUUCGAGGAACAGACAAGAACGGCGGCGUAGCACGUUCAGCGACGCUAUCGGGGAUGACGACGAUGAUGACGAUGCGGACAGUGACGACGACCGCGCCGCGCCAACAGAUCGCCACCGACCUCGAUCGCAUGGCGCCGAAUCUAGCAACCAUGAUGGUAGCCGCACUGAAGACAUGAGAGACUCCAGCGUUUGGGCAGCGGACUCCAGGCUUCUGGGGUACAAUGGUCAGUCUACGAGCCGUGCAGCCGCCCAGGACGAGCAAUUCUCCGAUCCCUCUGUGGUGGAUCUGUAUACUACGGGCCUCACACUCAAAAAACAAGCUGUUGCAGCCUAUGUUUCGAUUUGUGGACUCAAGUCCUACAUCCAGUUGAACAAGACGGGUUUCUCCAAGGCCCUGAAAAAGUACGACAAGAUCAUGGACCGUAAUCUGCGCCGGGACUAUAUGAGCGCGGUUGUGGCUCCGGCCUACCCAUUCACGGACUACACCAUGGAGAGAGUGGAUGAUCACAUCCACAAGAUCGAGGCUGUCUAUGCUGAGGUGAUCACGACGGGCAAUCUGCCUUUGGCCAAACGUGAACUGCGACUGCAUCUGAGAGAACAUGUCGUCUGGGAGAGGAAUACCGUCUGGAGGGAGAUGAUUGGCAUUGAACGGAAAGCCCAGGCUGCUAAUGUUGGAAUUCGUCGUACUCUCCUUGGAGGAGACGAGGACCCAGCAGCCGCACGCCGCCAGGGUGACGAGCAAGAGGCUAAACCCACGGUGUUGAGGACCCCGAUCGGUGUCUACCAUGUUCCUCAGUGGGUCUGCAGCUUGAGCUUCGGUACUCUUGUCUUCAUCCUGGUCGUUUUCGCGAUGUUGCUCUCUAUCCCUAUUCUGGAGAAACCGGAGCAGCAGAAUUGCCUGGCUAUGCUUGUUUUCGUCAGUUUAUUAUGGGCUACGGAGGUCAUUCCCCUUUUUGUGACUUCUCUGCUCAUUCCUUUUCUCGUUGUGAUGCUUCGCAUCAUGAAGUCGGAGGAUAAGCCCCACCAGCGACUGGGACCGAAGGAGGCUACCAGCGCCGCUUUCAGCGCCAUGUGGACACCGGUCAUUAUGCUCCUGCUCGGUGGUUUCACCAUCGCAGCCGCUUUGUCGAAAUACGAUAUCGCACGUCGCAUGGCCAUGUUUGUGCUGAGCAAAGCAGGCUCUAAUCCUCGCGUGGUCCUUCUCACAAACAUGUUCGUGAGCAUGUUCCUGAGUAUGUGGAUCAGUAACGUUGCCUCCCCAGUGCUGUGCUAUUCGAUCAUCCAGCCUCUCUUGCGCAAUCUGUCUCCGGACUCGAAUUUCGCCAAGGCUCUUGUCCUCGGAAUUGCGCUUGCGGCCAAUGUCGGAGGAGCAGCAUCGCCGAUUGCCUCUCCUCAGAACAUCAUUGCACUCCAGAACAUGUAUCCGGGUAUCAGCUGGGGUACCUGGUUCUUCAUUUCGCUGCCUGUUUGUAUCAUUUCGAUUCUCCUCAUCUGGGUGCUUCUGUUGGUCAGUUUCCACGUGGGUCGGGAGACGACUAUCGUGCCGAUUCGACCAAUCAAGGACAAAUUCAGCGGCGUGCAAUGGUUCAUCACCAUCGUAACCCUGUCUACGAUCGGCCUCUGGUGUGGCAGCCACCAGCUUGAGCACAUCUUCGGCGACAUGGGCGUGAUCGCGAUCAUCCCGAUGGUUCUGUUCUUCGGCACCGGCAUCCUCAACAAGGAAGACUUCAACAACUUUCUCUGGACGAUCAUCAUUCUCGCGGCCGGUGGCCUCUGUCUGGGCAAAGCUGUCACGUCAUCGGGACUCCUGCAAACGCUCGCCAACGGCAUCCGGAUGCGGGUCGAACAUCUGAGUUUGUAUGGGGUGCUGAUCGUCUUCUCUGCUUUGAUCCUGGUGGUUGCUACCUUCAUCUCCCACACGGUGGCCGCCCUGAUCAUGCUCCCGCUGGUCCGUCAAAUCGGAGUCAGCAUGGCGGAUCCCCACCCUAAUCUGCUUGUGAUGGCCAGUGCCUUGAUGUGUUCGGUGGCCAUGGCACUGCCUACCAGUGGCUUCCCCAAUAUGACUGCUAUCAUGACCGAAGUGCCGCAGACCGGCCAACGGUACCUGCAAGUCCGCCACUUCUUCACCCGCGGUAUUCCGGCCAGUUUGAUGGCGUUUGUUGUGGUUGUGACGGUAGGAUAUGGAUUGAUGUAUGUCGCAGGGUUGUAG